AUGGCUUCGGCCGUAAAAAUCCGGUAUGUUUACGAGACAUCAUUUUUCGAUGGACGAAGCGAUUGGUGGCCAUCUGAGCCGGACAACCCACCAGAAGAAGUUGAUUCAGCCGUGAAUCAUCCGAUCGUGCGUAAAAUUCAGCAGGCCGUCAUCCGAGCCAGAAAAGCGGUGACGUCCAGUAUGAACAGCAAUCCAAAUAUUGACAUGACUGGUCAUUCGGAGCCGGACAGAAGCUCGUUACAGCUACAACGUUCCAACAUUUCCAGUUUGCAAACGAGUAUUUGCAGUCUGGACGAUGCCGCCCAAGACCUUGACGGCCGGUUGAUCUUGAAUCGUUCGCGAUCGCUGCAGCAAACGCAUCAUUUGUUUCACUCGGUCGAUUCGCACCAUAAUUACCAUCAUCAUCAUCACCGUGGAUUCUCGCUCCACCUGUCGCCAAAACAAAGGACCAAAAUUAGCGAGGCCGUCCUGUCUCCCAUUUCCGACAAGUCGGAAAAUGAGACGAGUCAAAUGUUGACGACAACAACCGUUCCUAUCACGUCAUCGUCCGCUGUUCCAUUCGAGUUCCACGCGUCCGCAAGGCGACGCCCUCAAUCUCUUUUCUCUAACAUCAUCAGCGGCAGGCCCGGCGGAAGUGCUGCGGGGUUCAAUGGCUCUGACAGUGGUAUCUCCAUAUCAGCCAACUCGUUGGUUACGAACGACUCUCACGAAGCUCUUCAACCGCUGAACAAACCGCCGCUCCAUCUCUCACUCGACAAUAGUCAAGAAUUUUUGUCGUCUUCAUCAUCCGAGCCACCGGAAGAGAAUUUACCUUUUCUCAUGCCUAAAUUGCGCCGCGGGACCAACAACAACACGGGCAUCUUCAAGCCGCAAACGGGCGCUCCAAUCCGUCAGCUUUCACUCACGCUGCCUUUCCCACCACCGUUGCAGAGCCUUCCGUUCGUAGCACCUGCUGUCGGUUUUAAGGAUUUAGUCGACGAUACAAUUCCUCUUGAAAUUCAAAGUUGGUAUCACGGGUCCAUCACGCGACGGGAUGCAGAAAAACGACUGAGACCAGCGCCGGCGGGCUCGUUCCUCGUUCGUGACUCGUUGGCCAGCCACGACGACUACUUUCUAGCCGCCAGAGGUGAAAAUGGAUUUCUGCACGUUCGUAUUUGCUGCAACACUCGGGAUGACGAUGCGAACAAAGAUUUCACGCUGAUCACCUUGCCUGAACGUCGUUUCGAGUCGGUGGCAGCGGUGGUCAAUCAUUGUGCCAAUAUCGGUGUAUACAGCCGACAUCUUCCGCCCGCCAUCCUCAAAUAUCCGUUGAAUGAAGAAUCUGUUUGAAUUUUCAUGCGCACUCGAGCAUUUUAUGAUUUAUACCAUUAUUCAUGCGUAGCGGUAGCCAUUUUUUUAGCAAC